CGUGAGAUGGGAACGGAACCCUUCUCAUGACAAGGUGUGUGUGUGUGAUGGGAUGGCAACCCUACCCACAGCUGAUUUCCAGUGCAACUCUGGCUGCGAAAAAGAAGCGUCACUAUUUUAUUUUUCGCAAUGGAGGCAGCUUCAACGUCGCAGAAAAAGCUACCAAAGAAGAAUGAAUUGACCAAGAAGAGAGCUUCUAGGUCGAAAAAGCAUUCGCUUUCUUUGCAGGAAAUUCAAAAGAAAGAGGAGGAGGACAGCAAGGACCGAUCUGACGCUGAGACUGUGACUGCGGCCGAGGGUGACAGCGAUGACGACGAGUCGGGACAACAGGAGGCCAGUGGCCUCAGAUCCAUCUUUGCUGAAAUGAAAGAGAAGGACGAGGAAGAAGCGGACGAGAACAGCAAGGCAGGAUUUACUGAGGAGGACCUCAAGACCAUGGAGGAACUGAGUCGCAUGCCCCCGGCCGCCAUGGCCGCCUACAUCGAGGCCCUGGACUCGCAGCUGUACGAAUUGAGCCAGCGCGAGACCCAUGAGCUGUCCCGCAGCAAGCAACUGCGCUUCUUCUCCAACUACCGCCGUCGCAGCAAGUGAACGGAACGGCAAAUCAUCUAAUUCAUCUACUUACACAGCUGUGCGGACUUUGAUGGUAUCGAAUAAAUGGUUGUCAGUGAAAGUAUUCCUCCCGCAUCCCGCUCUGACUGCAUAGCAUAGCAUAGCUCCACGAGUCACGAGGAAGAGUCAAAGCCAAAGUCGCAUGAAAUCCGCUUAUAG